AUGGAUGACUUAACCAUCAGAAAAAGUUAUGAUUGUUCUUCUAAUAGUACACUCAAACGUGAGCAGGUCGAUACCUGUGUUGGUGAUAUUCCAAUUGUCCUUAUGGAAGAGAAGCAGCUGGAUGCAGAGGUGGCAAAGGCUAAGCUUGAUAUAUACAGAAAAUUCCAUUGGCCACCACAUUACAAGGAUUUAUCAUUUGUGAUUGCUAUUGCAUUUAGUGGAAAUAUUGUGAUCUUCAAUAAAUUAACUUGUGGAAAAAUAUAUGUUGAUGAAUUGCAUUUGAAUCUUUCAUUUGUUAAAGACAGAGUCAGAUGUGAAAUUGAACCAUCAAGACAUUGGGGUUCCCAUAUCACAAUCAAUUAUUCUUCAGUAUUAAAGGUUUUCUUUUCAAUCAAUGAUCAGGAAAUCCAAAGAAUACAAAACUUUUAUGUGAACAAUAAUAUCCCUUUUCUUGAGACAGCAAUAAGAAACGAGAUCAAGAAAAAGGUGUUCCAUCUUGAGCUCACACUGGUUGGUCUUCCAUGUUCACCUAGUGAUCUUAAUACUCUUCAAGUUGCCAUAUAUUGCUUUGUUCAUGCCCUUUUGAAGGUCCAUCAAAAUGGUUGGUCUGUCAUUGAUCUCAGAUGUCCUAACACCAUAGAAUUCAAUGGUUGCUAUUAUAUUAUUGAUGCUAGUGAAUAUGCUAUACAACAUGAACACAAAUUCACA